CAAGAAAUAGCAUCUGGACUUAGCAUCUGGACCCGGUCACCUCACUUUGAACUCGACGCAGUCUCUUUUCAUUGCUCACGGUAUACAUUUCCUUCAACGUGUUAUUGAGUGCCUGCCAAAGCAGAGAGCGUACCCGGCGGAUGAGACCAUUGCCUCAACAUCUCACUUCGACUUCAUUCCGCUAUACAUGCAGGUGUGUGGAUGAGCGCCUAUCCUGACUCGAGGCUCCGCAACUGUGCACCUUUGCUUCGGCAGAGGAUCGAAUUCUUGCUCGAUUAAUACACUUACGAACUCGUCGCUCUCCCCAAGUCGAACUGCCGAAGAGCUUUUGACACCAAAUUCCAGCAACCGAAAUGUCGAUGGAGCGGUUGGGUGCUUCUUGAUUAUUAGUGCGCCUCCACAGACUUUCUCACCAUAUCGACUCAUCCAUACCUACGAUCUCGGCUUUCAGGCCUUCUGCCGUCUCCGUUCCUGGUCCCUAACAGGACCACCGCCACGUCCAAGACUUGCCGGUGUUGUAGAGUUCAAGUUCGGGACGUCUAGGCUCUGUUACAUCUGUUACAAUGCCUCCGCGCCGCUCAACUGCACGGCUCAGCGCCACACCCAUACGUGCGAGUUCUCCAACCAAACGAUCAACGCGUGGGAGCAGCGUUCUUGCGUCCGAAGAUGCCAUCCCGCGGAGAGUUACUCGAGGCGGCUCGCAACAACCGAGCAUGGCCGCCGAAGGCGCCGUCAACAACCCCAGGCUGCCCGAGGUGCAAAUACAGCAGUCGUAUGCCUACGGCUCCAGUAAAUCGGCGGUGCUCCCGGCGCAGCUGGUGGCACGGAACAAGAUGAAUCUCCGGGAAAUGGCAGAAACGAUCGACGCUGGCGUCGAACAGGCACAGCAGCAUCUUCAGCAUCAUAUCGAGGAGACGCACGCGCAAUUACAAAACGAGACCGAUCCACGCGCAGAGCGUGCUCGUCGCCGAGCGUCUCGAGAGCCGGCUUCGCGGGAAGGAUCUGUCACCACUGACGACGUGGAGAAAAACAAGUCUCAACGAGUCGCGGCGUGGGCGAGCUCGCUGGAGAGUAGCCAGCUCGACGAGAUCCCGGAGGAAGACAGCAGCUCCGGGCGACCGCCGAGCACGCCUGAUAACGCGACACACAAGGAUACAGACCCAUCAAGCUUCCCCAGCGGUAUCUUCGACCACAGCUACAACUAUGAGCGUGGGCUUAGGAGACCCAACGUCACGGUUAGAAGGAAAACAGGGGGGGAUUCGACCCUCCAGCAAGCUUGGAAAACAGCAAAAACAAUAGCCGACCAGUCACGCCAGGCAUCGGCACGCGCACUGGGCGCCACGGCGCAAUGGACGUCCAGGCUCUUUCGCGCCAGUGGUAGGGCAAUCAGUGACCUUCCCAACUCGGUUUUCGUCCAGGUCAUGGUCAGUCUGCUUUUUGGUCUGUUCGUCGCCACCGCAGCAAGUUUUCUCUUCUGUCACAUAUACACGAGCUACAUCUGUGAUGCUCAUUCGUCUUCACCUAUCGGUGUAACUCUACAGAGAUAUUGCGGUGGCUGUGUGCGCGCUUCAAGCAGUCCUCUGAAUUUCACGCUGGGGGCCAAUGGUGGCGAUCUUUCAAAGCUCUCUGCGGCCCUCAGUGGGAUUCAGAGCCAGAUACAGGCCAUUGAGGGGCGAUUGAGCGAGAAGCUCGAUUCACAAUACACGAUUGUCGACACCGACAUCAAGGAGCUGAGGAGACAACACUCGGAACUAUCAAGUCACAUUGCCGGGCUGCAGAGAGUGCGCGGCGGCGGGUCGGUCUCCUCUUCGGGCGAUGUGGCAUCUCCGGUAAUUGCAAAGGUCAAUUACUUUGCUCCCAACAACGGCGCAAACGUCGAUCCGCACAACACAUCGCCCACGCGGGAGAGAAGGCAAGCACUUGUGUCGAGAGUGCUGUCGCGAAUGGUCGGUAUGACGCUCUACGAGACCAAGCCGGCCAUCACGGCUCUCCAGCCAUGGCAGGACGUAGGCGACUAUUGGUGCUCGUCGGCCAGCCCGGCGAAUAAUGAUGACCAACAAGACUCGAUGCGACUAGGUGUCAGAGUCGCCGAGAUGAUUUUCCCGACUGAAGUGGUGGUGGAGAAUUACCCGAACGCCGGCUCGCUGUUCCCAGGCUCAACGCCGAAAAGGAUCCAGGUCUGGGCCGACUUUCAGCAUCUCGAUAGUCGGGAGUGGGAGAGUCUAAAUAUCCGGCAAAUGCAGGCAGAUGGCCCGUUGUCGUUGGGGCCGACGUACGCUUUGAUCGGCGAGGUCGAGUACGACGCCUCGGUCGAGGCUCCUCACGUCCAAGCAUUCCCGCUGGCUGUCAAUCAACAUGACAUCCAUUUGUAUGCUGCUCAGUCUUUUGUCGUCCGGGUCGUCAAGAAUUACGGUGCAGAGUACACUUGCCUGUACAGAAUUCGCAUGCAUGGCGUCCCCGCCCUGCAAUAUCAUGAUGGACGGUAGUGGUAAUAGUCACCUGCAGUUUCCAACAUGGUACUACUAGUAGUAGAAGAACGGAGACGGAGGAGUUUGACACAAGUGGUGGCAGGUUUCUGUUUCUUGCCAUAAGUUAAUGAUAGACACGAAGGUCAUGAUUCUGGCUAGGGAAGGGCAGUCAAUUUGGUGUCUUGCGUGGUUGGCCGGCGGGGGCCCGUAAAAAGGAAUCGGGUGUGUGGAAGUGGUUCGGAGUCUGCUGUAGCAAUACCAAUACAAGUACCAGUUAGUUACCUGGCCCUAGAAGACGAAGGGAGAAGAGGUGUUGACGUUGAGUCCGCAUUUUGCCACGACGAGGUUCCAAGAUCGGUUGCAUCUAUUUCCGAACGAAUAUAAUAAUCUGUUACUCCACUGCAUUCCUGGCACA